AUGGACGCGUCCAGUCCCUCUCUUCAAAGCACCAAGAGGCAAUGUAUCUUCCACCCUGAAGAUUCGAUCGAACCGUGUCUUAUUCGUGCGUGGUUGAACCCCCGAACCGAAUCAAAUGGACCGUUUGUCCUGGAUCAUGGUCACUGUUCUCUUGUAUGGCUGUGUAGCGGGCGGUAUGGCAACACGGGCUCUGAAGCCGUCUUCGCUCCCAGAUACCAUGGUGGCCAAUGCAGAACUGUGUACGUGUCUUUCAUUUCGAUGACCGAUGUUAGCUCGCAUUCACGCAUCCUUCAAUUGCGGUACCAUGGAGUCCAGAUGAUUAGUCCGCCCCGCAUUUUUAGCAGCCAUCCCGAUUAA